AUGCCUGAUAGUGUAAUGGGUUUUGUGAAGGAGAAGAUGAGUUUGCUUGGGAGUGCAAGAGCAAAGGAUUUGGAGGAGAAGUGGAAGGAUUUGUUUGAGAAGGAAACUGAACUCUAUCUCGAAAUGUUGAGUUUGAUGAGGGAACAGACUAAGUUGGCAUUGGGGAUGUUCUUCAGGAACCACACGUGGUCUCGGAUCUCUGGAAUGGUGAUGCGUUGUGCAGGGUCUGCAACAAAGAUCCGAGAAAUUAACUGCCGACAUUCCUCAGAAAUUUUAACAUGUUCUGGAAUGGAACACUGA